AUGGCGGGACACCCGAAAGAGAGGGUGGUCACAGAUGAGGUCCAUCAGAACCAGAUCUUGCGGGAGCUGUACCUCAAAGAGUUACGAACCCAGAAACUCUACACGCAGUACCACGUGAAUCCCCUGCGCAAGGUUCACAGGAUUACGAGGAAGCCUAUGUCUUGGCAUGAUAACUUGGAGGAACCCGCAGACGCCAGGUUUCUGAAUCUCAUUCACCAUGCUGCCCAGGGGCCAACGAAGAAGUACCCGGAGGCACAGACUGAAAACCAGGAAAUUGGGUGGGACUCAGAAGCCUUGGUCGACCCAGAACGCCGUGACCACAGGAUGAACCACUUCAGGGUCUACAAUGACAUCACUCUGUACAAAGCUAAAAUGUGGAGCUUGGGAGAAGAUGAUCGCCACAAGUAGCAUCUCAGCUGUGGAGUCAGGCCCUGGAUUUAAUGCCCUAAAUAUCCACUGCCUAGAAGACUAAACAUUAUUUUAACCCCCCGUCCCCCGUCCAUAAUUCAUGGAUAAUGGCAAAAAUUAGGAAGCAUAAAAAAUAUGCAGAAGAAGGAAAUAAAAAUUGCCCAUUAUCUCACCAUA